ACUUGCACUUGUGUUUAAAACGGGAGUGCUGUCCCUUUAACCUUUAGCAAAACGAUUCUGCUUUUCCAAGAAUUCAACAUUUUGUUGUGGGAUUUUCACUUUCAGUUUUGAAAGUCCGGGCAUGGAUAAAUCGUGCGGUGUAUAUUUCAACCAGGUUUAAAGAACGGACGUGUUAAUUUCUUGUUUUACAACUCUGGUUUCGGGUGUGAUUGAAAAAAAAGGAGGUGUGUUUUCUGUGAUACGGCGUGAUGGCGUAUGCCGGUCACGCAUCAGAUGACGAGGCAUACGACGAGGACCACGUGGUGCAGCAGAACAUUCGAGAACACAAGGAGCACCUGGUGAAAAAACUUCGGGUGUUUGACCUCAUCAAUGGCGAGCAUACCUUCAAGAACAUCAUCCCGCACCAAAUUCUGCGGGAAAUUGAAGCCAGAGAGACCAUUGAAGAAGAUCGCGCAGCGCGCAUGUUUUUGGAUGCCUUCCUAGAGUCUCAGGACCCAACCAAGUACAGCGUUCUCAGAGACGCCCUUGAUGACCCAGAGCAUGCAAUAGUUCGAGAGAUUCUCUACACCAAAAACUUUGACGCUUGUAACCUUAUCAAUGAAGCAGCGCACUUCGAUUGUCAUAAAAAAACGUUUUUGGAGAACAUGGAAUCCGAUGACGUCUGGUUGAGUUUGUGUCUGGAGAAGGAGCUGAUCUUUGAGUCCGAUGCCAACAGGAUCAGGGCACACCGAACAAUUGACGGGCCAAGUCGCGGUAACGCGAUGUUGCUGAAUGCCGUCCAAAAAUCUAAAGAUGGUCUUAAAAGGUUUCUUGACGUUUUGUGGCAGAUGGACCGCAAGGAGUGUGUCAAGGAGAUCGACAAAACAAUUUAUCAGAAAAUGGAAGCAAAAGAUCAGGACGGAUGGUGUACUAAUGAGAUUGACUAUGUUUCAAAUGACUGCUCAGAUGACAACCUCACUGGCAAUCUGUCUAAUUGGAGUGAAGAGUACAACAUUAAAACGUUUCACAGUAAAAGAAUGAACGACUUAACUCGCGACAGUAACCUAUCCUUCGAACCUAUCGCUCACCGAACUCGUUCAAAAACAACAACAGCAGCCGCCAUCUUGGAGCACCCACAAAACACGCAACUCGCCUCAGCUGUUAAUUCCCCGGUCAUGAUGGCGCCGCCCCCAACAAUUCCCAAAUCGUUUGGAUUUGGUUCUCAUGGAAACCGGGGUUAUGAAGUAAACAAAGAGCCGAGUAUAGAAAGACAUGAGCCGCGUUUUGAGGAGUGGCAGCCUGCUAGAUCGAAGAGUGAGAAUUAUCCAGUCGAAAAAGAACGACAACUGCCGCUGCAAACGUCAUCAGACGUAAAAGAAAAACUAGGUCAUAAACGUGAGAACACUUCAUCACCACGUGACAAACACACGUGCUCGUGUGGUCACGUGUGUAGGGAUGAUAUCCAACUCCAGGUCCACUCAAAGAGCCAGGUGUGUCGGUUAAACGCGCGUGCUACUCACGAGGUACCUGAACACAGACAGAACGACCGUGGAGAACUCGGAUUCCAGAGCUCGCAGACGAGAGGCUACAACCAAACGACAUUAGAGUCUACAGGUGUGAACACGUUGAAGAAGGAACUUAACUCGUACCAAGAGAGAUCGAAGAAUGUGUCAAAAGAACUGGAUAAUUGCCACGUAGACACAUUAACUAAUCAAGUUGAAAAAACAUCACUGCAACAAUCAGGAGCAAGACCAAUACCACAGACAUUACCAGGAGAAAACAGCCAAACAUCAACAAAACAGUUCCGUCAAUCCGCAGAACGAACUGUCAAUUCAGAACAACAGUUCCGUCAAUCCGCAGAACGAACUGUCAAUUCAGAACAACAAUUCCGUCAAUCCGCAGAACGAGCUGUCAAUUCAGAUGAAUCGGCUCCCAUUGUCAAAUGUAAAUUGUGUAACUCAAAGAUUUUCAAGGAAAAUUUCGAAAAACACCUGGAAAAAUGUCGAGGGCAAUCUAAAUCAGACGAGAGAGAACACGACAGGCGACGACUUUUCAAUCGACAGACACGAAGUUUGGAUCAGCCACCUCACACACCACGAGAUGAAGAUCCAAGGGCGAUGAGCGAAGGCCCAGACAACAUCGGAGCCAGACCUAAAUUAUACCGAUGUCAAAGGUGUUCCAAAACUUACUGCUCUUCAGCGAAAUUAACUGAACACCAAACAAGUUGUACCGCUAAACCUAACCGGCAGUUGAACUCUACAAAUAGACAUGGCUUACCAAAACACCAAAGCCUUGAAGACCGCAAAAUGACGGCUGGGGUUACCGUCAAGUGUCCCCAUUGUCAACAAAAGUUUCCAGGAGAAGACGACUUAAGAAGCCAUGAAGCCAGAUGCAGCAGAAUGGAGCGGACGCCUACGAGACAGACACAGGUAGACCCGCCUUCAAGUCGCCCACCCGUCUUCAGAUGUCCCCAUUGUCACAUUGCUUUUAUAUCUAAGGAAGACUUAGAUAAACACAAAUCGGACCAACAUAGGAAUAAAUAGCUUGCUAAUAGAGCCAGUGUGGAAUAAAGGCGGACAAAAGCGCACU